AUGACCGAAAAAACCUUUUCGCCCAAGGCCACACCCGGAGGCAAAAUCCCCAUGCGCGUCCUCGUCCUCGGGCUUCCACGCACCAACACAACAUCACUGGUCAGCGCCCUGCGCACACUCGGCUACAGUCCCUACACAAUGCGCACGCUCGUCACAACGCCCUCGCACAUCAAAAUUUGGCGCGAAGCAGUAGCUAGCACGCAACGCGCCUCCGGCCUUCCACUCUCCAUCAACGACAUCCUGACCUCGCACGACGCCAUCGCCGACCUGCCGGGCUGCAUGUUCGCCCCGCAGCUCAUCGAGGCGUAUCCAUCCGCCAAGGUGAUUCUGACUACUCGGCGCUACGAGGAGUGGCAGCGUAGUAUGCGUGAGAGUCUCUGGGUGCUGUUCACGUGGCGGUUGUUUGAAGUUUGCCGGCUCACGGGAUUGAGUCCGUUGGCGCCGUUGAUCAGGCUCCUGCAUGCGCUGUUUGGUGUGCACAACGGAAAUCAGUACGAGGGGAAUGAGACGAGGAGGGCGUUUGAAACGCAUAACGAGAAGGUUAGGGCAUUGGUCAGUCGGGAGAGGUUGUUAGAAAUCGAUGCUGAAGAUGAGUGUGAGUGGAAUGAGUUGUGCGGUUUCUUGGGGGUCGAGAGGCCGGAAGGCGUAGAAUAUCCGCGGUUAAAGGAGGAAACCGCUAUGCGGGCGGGGUUGGAGCAGACGUGGUGGAGUAUGGUCAGGUAUUUAUGUUUGAUGGUUGUGUUGCCGGGGAUUGUUCUCGUGGCGGGCGGGUCGCUGUACUUGUACAUGGAUGAUCUGAGGAGCGCAAGAGAUUUUUAUGUAAUCACGCCUUUGAAGGAAUACCUGGAUAAAUAG